AUGAAGUACACCGUUGUCGUAUCUCUCCUUGCCGCCCUUGUGGCCGCCGAGACCAUCGAUCAGCUCGUUGCCGAGAUUCCCACUUGCGCGGUCACUUGCAUCCGUGAUGGUGCCCAGUCUGUCAACUGCGAUAUCACAGACUUUGCCUGCUCUUGCGGAAAGGUCGAACAGCUUACAGCCAAGGUCGUGCCCUGCCUUGCUUCCUCCGGCUGCAGCUCGACAGAUCAAGCCACGGUACUUCAGCUCGCCUCUCAGAUCUGCGCCCAGGUCGCCGCAGGAGGCACAUCUUCCGGCACCGCCUCUGCUGGCUCCGUCACCGCUGCCGCGACUACGGCUUCCGGCACAUCAACCUCCUCCCGCAGCGGCACCGCAACAGGAGCUGCCGUCACCACUACAACGUCACCGGCCGCCGCUGUUCGGGCUCAGGUCGCUGGCUGGGCUGGAGCCAUCGCCGCUGCCGCUGCGUUCGCUCUCUAA